GCAGCGAUGGAUGGGCGGACAGGUAUGAUGUGACAGAUGGCUAUGUCAAGGAAGCAGCAGGCGGUAUUACCAUCAAGCUGCAGUCAGCGGACGUGAAAUGGUUCGAUGAUUACUACCUGAAGCUCCGUCCUGAAAACAACCACAGGAACCCCUGGUUUCCAGAGUUCUGGCAGCACCGGUUUCACUGCAGACUAAAAGGUCACCCACAGGAGAGCAACAAGUACAACCGCACCUGUGGCAAACGAGAUUCCCUACAGCAGCAUUAUGCACAGGACACCAAGAUGGGAUUCGUGAUUAAUGCUAUUUACUCUAUGGCAUUCGGCCUGCACAACAUGCAGCGUUCCCUUUGCCCAGGCUAUCAGGGCCUUUGUGAUGCAAUGCGACCCAUAGAUGGUGCUACUCUGCUGGACUUCCUGAUGAAAACCAACUUCACUGGUGUGUCAGGAGAGGGAAUUUUAUUCGAUGAAAAUGGAGACUCACCUGGCAGGUAUGAAAUAAUGAAUUUCAAGAAAAUUGGGAAGGAGUACUAUGACUACAUCAAUGUUGGAAGUUGGGACAACAGUGGGUUAAAGAUGGAUGAUGAUGAAAUCUGGUCCAGCAAAGAUGCCAUCAUUAAAUCGGUCUGCAGCGAACCCUGUGACAAAGGGCAGAUUAAGGUGAUCCGUAAGGGUGAGGUGAGCUGCUGCUGGACGUGCACCCCGUGCAAAGAGAACGAAUUUGUGUUUGAUGAAUACACCUGCCGAGCGUGUGAGCUGGGCUCCUGGCCUAAUGAUGGCCUCACAGGCUGUGACCCAAUCCCUGUGGAGUACCUGCGAUGGGGGGAUCCAGAACCCAUAGCAGCUCUGGUAUUUGCCUGCCUCGGUCUAAUGGCCACCUUCUUUGUCACUGGAGUCUUUAUCUACUUCCGGGACACCCCGGUUGUGAAAUCCUCCAGCCGGGAGCUGUGUUAUAUCAUACUAGCUGGGAUUUGCCUGGGAUAUCUGUGUACCUUCACCCUCAUUGCAAAACCCCAUGUGAUCCACUGCUACCUCCAACGACUGGGAAUAGGUCUGUCGCCUGCCAUGAGUUACUCUGCACUAGUCACCAAGACAAACCGCAUCGCUCGGAUUCUGGCAGGAAGCAAGAAGAAGAUCUGUACAAAGAAACCACGCUUCAUGUCAGCCUGUGCCCAGCUCAUCAUUGCCUUCCUCCUUAUACUGCUGCAGUUGGGCAUCAUCGUGGCUCUUUUUCUCAUGGAGCCACCAGAUGUGAUUCAUGACUACCCCAGCAUCCGCCAGGUCAACCUCAUUUGCAACACCACUAACCUUGGAGUCGUAGCCCCCCUGGGAUACAAUGGUCUGCUGAUCCUCAGCUGCACCUUUUAUGCCUUUAAGACUCGCAAUGUCCCGGCUAAUUUCAACGAGGCCAAGUACAUAGCUUUUACAAUGUAUACCACCUGCAUCAUCUGGUUGGCGUUUGUCCCCAUCUACUUUGGCUCCAACUAUAAGAUUAUCACCAUGUGCUUCAGUGUUAGCCUCAGUGCCACAGUUGCUCUGUGCUGCAUGUUUGUACCCAAGGUGUACAUCAUCCUGGCCAAACCAGAGCGUAACGUACGCAGUGCCUUCACCACCAGCACUGUGGUCCGCAUGCAUGUGGGAGACGGAAAGUCGUCUUCAGCCGCCAGCCGCUCCUCCAGUCUGGUUAACCUGUUUAAACGCAGAGGCUCUACUGGAGAGACCCUAAGCUCCAAUGGUAAAUCUGUGUCUUGGGCGCAGACAGAGCGCAGCAGCUCACGAGGCAACCACCUGUGGCAGCGGCUGUCCUUCCACAUCAAGAAGAAGGAGAACAAUCAGACAGCAGUCAUUAAGCCCUUCUCCAAAACCUCUGAGGAGCGUUACUGUGGAGGAUCUGACUUGCCCCCGCAUGUACCUCUGCCCUCCCUCUCCUCUAUGUCCUCUUUGCCGACUCAUCCUGACAAUGGGACAGACAAGACCCUCUACGAGCUCUCAGAAGCAGAGGAGCACUACUCAAUCACCUACCAGCCGCAGACGCCAUCACCCAUCAGCACCGUGAGCCAGAGGAUAGCAGCCAGUUUAGGGGAGGAAUCCCAGGUGGCCUGCAUUUCCAAGUAUUCCAGCAGUGUGUGCAGCGGCGGCAGCAGCAGCAGUGGCGGGCCUCCCAGCAGCGGCUCUGGGGCGGCUGGGAGUGACGGGCGUCUAGUUGCUCUGGACGACCGCCCGUCACAGCCCCAGAGCAAUCUGAUGGAUCAGAUUAGCUGUGUUGUGAACCGCUUCACUGCUAAUAUUACUGAGCUCAACAGCAUGAUGCUCUACCCAUCUCCAACCCACACACAAAAACACGCUCCCCCUGCUGCUCAUCCCCCUGAUCCCUACCUGCUACCCCGCGAGAUCCCGAUGCCCCCGACUCUCACUACAUACGCUGACGUUCAGCCCCUUCCCCCUAUUGAAUCCAGUCUGGGCACCCGGGCCCCCUGUCCAGUUCACUCCAUCCCUCGCUCUCCUUAUCCCCUGCCGCCUCCUCAUCCCCACUCAUCCCCCUCUAUUUCCCCAAUAAGAGGAAGCCUGGUCUCCCAUCUCCCCGACUCCCCGCUCAGAAGGUCUGAGCUGGAAGAGGAGCUCAUUGCGUUGACACCUCCUUCCCCCUUCCGUGACUCUCUGGGUUCUAGCAGUAGCUCCCAGAUCUCAGAGACAGGUCUCUUUGUUCCUCCUGUCCCCAAUCACCCGCCUCCCUCUCCCCCUUCUCCCAGGUACACCCGCCUGACUCUCAGAAACUACAGUCAGAGUUCCUCCUCACUGUGAGGUAGACGUGAUGAGCUGGAGAAUAUAGAGCAAACAGGAUGGACAGACUAGAAUCCAUUCAUCACCGAUUGGAGUAAAAACCAGAGGAGACGUCGUCAGGGAGUCGUGGUUGGUGAAGACACCAAGCUGUGAUUGCGUUUACAUGUUUACAGUGAGAUGUGAGUACAAGAGGCCUGCAGGGUGUCGUAUUUUCUCGCGUGUUGUUCCGGCCAUUCUGACACCGAGGUGUUUGGGCAGCCGCAGAAAUCCUUCUUGGAGGUUCUCCGUCAUUUAGAUUGGGCUUGUGGCCUUAAGGUAUCUCGGCUGACAACUAAUUACAGAUUCUGUGUGUGUGCUUCAGUGGGCCUGAGUGUGUUUCUGCUGUAUCUUAGAGAGGGAAAAGUGAUGGGAAAAUGGCAGCAGAGAGUGCAAAGUAAGAACCACAAAUGGACAAGCUACAAAGGGCACACACAGUAUGGAGUUGCUCAAACAAAUCAAAGAAGUAUGAGCACACAAUUAAAAACUAGUGUGUGAGAAAUAACAGUGGAUUUAUAGAAGAAUUAUAGAUUCUCUAUAGUGAUAAACUCCAAGUGUCUGAUGAAAGUGCAUUGCCAGAAUAUACUAAACAGUUUGUUGAUCUAGAAAACCUAUUUCAUAAAGCAUUUUUUUUUUUGCUCAGCUCUCAUCACAGACAGUUUAUGGUUCUCAUGUUUUCUACUCUUCCAGUAAGUCUGAAUGUAUAUUUUCUACAUUACUCCUGAGGCAGUUGGGACCAAAUCUUUUGUAGCUCUAAGCCUGUAACUAGAGAUGGAGGGAGAACACGGGAGAAGUGACGAGACUAGGUGUUGUUUUUACCAUGAACAUUUGCAGUAUUAAGCUCUCACUCAGGUGGAUCAUUUGGAGGAAUUUGACCUCAAAGCUUUUCUGCUGACCUGUGGCAUUCAGAAGUGCAAUCUGUAAGGCUUAGCUGGAUCCCAGUCAUGAUAUUUUCCUGAUACAAUUAGUCAGCGGGUGACAAUGACCUGUUCCAUCUAAGGCACUGCUUUAAAAUCGAUUAGUUGGAGGGAAAGUCGGUUGAAAUCUUAGUUGGACAAAAAUUAAUAGAAUCUUCUAAAAGGUUGUUUGUUGGACAUUUUUUAAAUUACAUAAAAUUUGUUGAAUUUGUUUUGGUUUAGAGAUUAAAAUGUUGGCACAUUCCUUUGAUCACAACCAAUAUGAAGCAGAAAGAAAUGACUGACAUCCAGCGUGGCCAAAAGUUGACAACAAGGGGACAAAAAAACACUGACUUGAAAAUAAUCUAAAACCAUUAUAAAUGCGUCUCCACUUUAGGAUAAAAAAAUGCUGUCUUGCUGAGAGUGCGAUAAAGAAAAGGUCACAUUGGAGCCAUGGGAUAUUACCAAGUUGGAGAAUAAAUAAUAAACUUUGUCUCCAUUUAUAUGCACAAACACAAAUGAUUUACCCAGAAACAGAUACUUGUCAACAUAGUUUCAGAUUUCCAACUUUACGGAUUGUUUUCAUAAGGUUUUAUGUCCCACACUUCAUUUAAUUAAAUGCACUUACUCCUGUUUAUAUAUAGAUAUUCAUAGUAAUGCCAAUCAGUUUAAAUGUAAUAUAUCAGGACAUUGGUUGAAAUGUUUUCUUAUAUAUGUUUUUUGCCUUCACGUAUUUUUAGGUAACAAUCAGUACCACUCAUGUGGUUAUUAGGUAUAUAGAUGGGGAGUGGUGGCCCAGUGGUUAGAACAGUGCACUUGUGCUCUGAGAAGUUAGCAAGUUUCCAGUUCAAUCCCCACAGCCUCCACUUUGGGUCUCUGAGCAAGACCCUUAACCCCACACU